AUGAUCCUCAUCGGUGAUCAUAAACUUCUCAUAUUUAACCUGCUGCUCAUCAUGUCAGUGGUGGCAUGUGAGAUGAAGAUCUUGACUUUCACUGCUUAUGAAGGAGGAAAAGUUGAAAUAUGGUGUCCCUAUGAGUCUGGAUAUGAAACACAUAAGAAAUAUCUCUGCAGAGGAAAAUGUAAAGUACUGGAUAAAGACAUUCCUGUUGAAUCUGGAUCUGCUAAAGAUGAGAGAUUCUCUCUGACCGAUAACACAACGACCCACAUCUUCACUGUCACCAUCACUGAUCCGAGAACAGAAGAUCAAGGACAAUACUGGUGUGCUGUGAAGAGGACAGGAUUUCUAAAAAAGGAUCUCUACACAGAGAUUCAUCUGGAAAUUAAACAUGUCACUUCAGAGUCUCCUAAACCAACCACAACAGUUUCAGAUCACAGCAGUAAACCAGCGACAGCAGAUACUGCAUCUAACAGACCCGUCACAUCUGUAUUUCCUUCAUCAUCAUCAUCAUCAUCAUCAUCAACAUCUUCAGCAAUAUUGAUGCUCUCAUCAUCUAAUAAUGCAGCGUCAUCAAAACCAGAACAAGGUUUUUCCAUGAUGGUCAUGUUGAUGGUCGUAGGGAUCCUGACAGGGUUUGGAUUCUCACUGUUCAUGUACUUCAGAUGGAGACAAAAGAAAGAAGUCAAACUGAACUUCAGUGUCACAAAGCUGUCAAAAUAA